CGCCUCAACCGACGCCUCGAGGAGGCGGAGGCGAUAACUUCAGCCUCAACCUCGUGGUUUGGUUCCCUCACCUGACUCCCGGGGCAAUCGCAGCAAUGACGCCUCCUCCCACUAUCCCUCUCACUCGCCGCCCAUCCGACGCCCGACGCCGCGGUCGCCUCCUUUUCCUCAUUGUUCUCAUCGCCGUCGCCAUCGCCGCAGCCCUUGCCUAUCUCUCCUUUCCCUCCGCCGCGUCGGAAACGCCCCCCGCGGCGUCCUCUAUGGUGCUGGCAGAGGCUGACUGCUGCAGGGGCAUCCAGGGGCUCGAACUCUGGGGCCCGGCGGUCAAGUGGGGCUCCGACCACCGCCUGCCCUCUGCCGCCGCCUGCUGUGCCUCCUGCAAGGCCAUGUGCCCCCACCCCGAGGACGGGGCCUGCCGCUGCGACUCGUGGGUCUUCUGCCGAGACGAGCGCAGAUGCAAGGACAGGUUCGGGGAGUGCUGGCUGAAGAAACAGACGGAUGUGAUGACUCCUGCUGUUAUUGCAAGGGGGGAGGAUGUCAUGUGGACUUCUGGUCUAGUUUUUGGAAAAGGAGAGGGAAUUGUGGGGCUUGAAACAAGUCUAGGGACACUUCAUAUUCAAUUGCUGCCUGGUUGUGCGCCGCGUUCUGUGGACUACUUCAUUGAGCUUUUGGGAUUGCGCAACUGCGCUGGAUGCAGAUUUUAUCGCGUGGAAGGGCGUGGGAACUUCUGGGACGCAAAAGGCGACCACGAAAAAAAUGCUGCAUUUGGUCCCCCGUAUGCAUUGCUUCAAGGAACGCUGGAAGUUGACGGUGUGCCCUUCAAGGAGAUAGCUAGAGAAGCAUGCCCAUCGGUGAAGAGAGGGUCUGUUGCAUGGGUUGGGUCCGGGCCGGAGUUCCUAAUCAGCUUAGCAAACCAUGGGGAGUGGAAAGACAAGUACACUGUGUUCGGGUAUGUGCUGCCUGAGGACAUGGUGAUCGCUGAGGAGAUGGCACUGCUGCCGACGAGCACAGACGUGUGGAGCAAUGUAAGCGUGAAGGUUCUGAGAGAUCCUGUCUACUUCAAGGUGAAGAGAAGCACCAAUGCAAGCGCUGUCUAGGAGAGAGGUUUGGAUGGUAGCAUCGCUGCAUCAGUAUCCAUUUUUCUUUUGGGGGAGAGCCAAGAGGAGAGAACUAGACCAGAUUUAGAGAGUUGUUGUAGCAAUAGGGCCAAGAGGAAACGAUUACUGUGUAAAGAAAGAAAGGAAGAAAACCAAAGGAACAAGGAAGCCGAUGAUUAUACGUAUUUGUUUGGCACAUA